CGUCGCAAACAUGGCCGCCGAGUGCGGAGACUUUGCCUAAAGAUACUUUGGUUUAUCGAGAAAGAUGAAUGAAAACACUGAAGAUUAGAGAGGGGGACGGGCUUGCUGGCAUUCGAGUUGGUCUCGCGCACGCACACAAGCACGCACGUUCUUUAUGACGUCACGGGCGUGCGUUCGCGAAUCCUCCGUUCCGCUCGGUCUGUCUAAAAUCGCUCGUUCGGUCUCUCGGCGGAUCGACAUGAGCUCGGUUACGAUCGCUCGUGAAGCGCACUGAUGAGAGCGUCCGUAUCCACACGUCUCUCGUGACGCGCAUCCUCCGGUUAUCCGGUCACGCGACGCCUCCAGCGCGACUGCGAUCCUCGGUUUCGUCUGAUCCUCGCGCAUCUCUACCGGACACACGAUGGAUGAUUCGGGAAUAAUCAGACGCAGGCGUCUGCAGGAUCUUCCUCUGCCACGUAAGAACAGCAGUUGCCGUAGUAACAGGAAGAGUCUGAUUCUGACUUCCACGUCCCCGACUUUGCCCCGCCCACAUUCUCCUUUACCUGGACACAUUGGCAGUAGUCCUCUGGACAGCCCUCGAAACUUCUCUCCCAGCACACCUGCACAUUUCUCCUUCGCUUCCUCCAGGAGAGAUGGGCGUCGAUGGUCACUGGCGUCUCUUCACUCUUCUGGCUAUGGCACCAACACACCCAGUUCAACGUCUUCCAGUUCAUCACAGGAGCGUUUGCAUCCGUUACCGUCUCAGCCCACCAUGGACGAGCUUCACUUUCUCUCCAAACACUUUGGCAGCACAGAGAGCAUCACAGAUGAUGACGGGGGACGCUGUUCACCCCACAUGAGACCCCGCUCACGCAGUCUCAGUCCGGGUCGCUCUCACUCCUGCUAUGACAAUGAGAUCGUCAUGAUGAAUAAUGUUUACAGGGAGCGUUUUCCCAAGGCCACGGCUCAGAUGGAGGGCAGGUUGUGUGAUUUCAUUCACUCAUACGCUCCUGAGAGCGUUCUGCCGUUAGCCGACGGGGUCCUGAGCUUCGUCCAUCAUCAGAUCGUGGAGCUGGCCAGAGACUGCCUGACCAAAUCCGGUGAAGGUCUCAUCACCUCCGUCUACUUCUAUGAGCUGCAGGAGAACCUGGAGAAACUUCUGGAUGACGCCUACAAGCGUUCGGAGAGCUCCGAGUUGACCUUCGUCACAGAGCUGGUGAAGAAACUUCUCUUCAUCAUCGCUCGACCCGCUCGACUUCUGGAGUGUUUGGAGUUUAACCCUGAAGAGUUUUAUCAUCUGUUGGAGGCGGCUGAAGAUCAAGCCAAAGAAGGUCAUCUGAUGAAGACCGACAUCCCACGAUACAUCAUCAGUCAGCUGGGUCUGACCCGAGACCCUCUGCAGGAGAUGGUCACGUGUGAACAUCAGGAGACUGAAGGACCCCUUUCACCUGAGACAGAUGAUUCACAAGAGGGAAAAAUGAAACCCAUGAAACCACCUGAAGAGGCCGAUUUCCAAACCAUCAAGCUGAUCAGCAAUGGAGCCUAUGGGGCGGUGUAUUUGGUCCGUCAUCUGGAGACUCAGCAGCGCUUCGCCAUGAAGAAGAUCAACAAACAGAACCUCAUUCUGAGGAAUCAGAUCCAGCAGGCGUUUGUAGAGCGAGACAUUCUGACCUUCGCUGAGAACCCGUUUGUCGUCGGCAUGUUCUGCUCAUUUGAGACCAGACGACACCUGUGUAUGGUGAUUGAGUAUGUGGAGGGAGGAGAUUGUGCGACGCUGCUGAAGAGCAUUGGAGCUCUCCCUGUGGAGAUGGCUCGCAUGUACUUUGCUGAGACGGUCCUAGCGCUAGAGUACAUACACAACUACGGCAUUGUGCAUCGAGAUCUCAAACCUGACAAUCUGUUGAUCACAUCUAUGGGUCACAUUAAACUCACUGAUUUCGGUUUGUCUAAAAUUGGUCUCAUGAGUCUCACCACAAACCUGUAUGAGGGACACAUCGAGAAGGACACCAGAGAGUUCCUGGAUAAACAGGUUUGUGGUACACCGGAGUACAUCGCUCCUGAGGUGAUUCUGCGUCAGGGUUACGGGAAGCCGGUGGACUGGUGGGCCAUGGGCAUCAUCCUCUAUGAGUUCCUGGUGGGCUGCGUGCCGUUUUUCGGCGACACACCUGAGGAGCUGUUCGGUCAGGUCAUCUCAGAUGAGAUUGUGUGGCCGGAAGACGAAGAUGCUCUUCCCGCUGAUGCACAGCACUUGAUCUCAUGUCUCCUGCAGACCAACCCGCUGCUCCGACUCGGCACAGGCGGAGCCUUCGAGGUGAAACAGCACUCGUUUUUCUGUGAUCUGGACUGGAGCAGUCUCAUCCGACAGAAAGCAGAGUUUAUUCCUCAUCUGGAGUCGGAGGAGGACACCAGUUACUUUGACACGCGAUCCGAGCGAUAUCAUCAUGUUCAGUCGUACGACGAGGAUGACACGAAUGACGACGAGCCGGUGGAAAUCCAUCGAUUCUCCUCCUGUUCCCCACGCUUCAGCAAGGUGUACAGCAGUAUGGAGCAUCUGUCUCAGCUGGAACACAAACCCACGGUGACUCGCAGAGAACCCAAAACUCACAGAGACGAUCGAGGGAAAAGAGAAAGUCUGAGCGGUGUGACCCUCAGAGAAAAGAGCUGGAGGACCCGAUCUCCUGAGAUGAAGCGUUUGUCGUGUUCUGAAUCCUCCUUCACUGAAUCCGACUCCAGUCCUCCGGGUGCACGCCGGCGUUUCUCUGCUCUGGUGGACACACACCGCUUUGUUUCUCAUCUAGAGGGCGACAGUGACGCACAUGCUCGGCAGCCGGUGUUUAAAGCCAGAGGAUCAUCUCUAGAGGAGACCACAUCUACUCCAUCUGCAGCGCCUCCUACAGACAAACUCCUGCGGACGGCUGAUGUUGCCACGGGAACAGUGCCGCCACACAUGCCCGACUCGUUUAGUCCCCGGGCUGGAACCGAAGUCAUCUUGCGAAGAGCACGACAUCAUCAGAUCCCGACCGAAGGUGAGAAACAUGCGGUGGCUCGCUCCGGCACCAAGGUCAUAAAAUCAGCGUCUGCCACGGCGCUGUCUGUCAUCAUACCUGCAGUUGAGCCGCAUGGCACGUCUCCACUGGCCAGUCCCAUGUCUCCUCGCUCCAUAUCGUCCAAUCCCUCGUCUCGUGACUCGUCUCCGAGUCGUGACUACUCGCCCACGGUCAGCGCUCUGAGGUCACCCAUCACCAUCCAGCGCUCGGGGAAGAAGUACGGCUUCACGCUGCGGGCCAUCAGAGUCUACAUGGGUGACACCAAUGUGUACAGCGUCCACCACAUGGUCUGGCACGUGGAGUGUGGCGGUCCUGCUGAAGAGGCGGGUCUUUGUGCCGGUGACCUCAUCACCCAUGUGAACGGGGAGUCUGUGCACGGAUUGGUGCACACAGAGGUGGUGGAGCUCAUUCUCAAGAGCGGCAGUAAAGUAAUGGUGACCACCACACCGUUUGAAAACACAUCGAUAAAGACCGGACCAGCCCGGAAGCUCAGCUAUAAAGCCAAGAUGGCCAGACGCGUCAAGAAGACGACUAAAGACGGACAGGAGAGUAAGAAGCGAAGCUCACUCUUUCGUAAGAUCACUAAACAGUCCAAUCUGCUUCACACCAGUCGGAGUUUGUCGUCUCUGAAUCGCUCGCUUUCGUCUGGAGACAGUCUGCCGGCUUCACCGACACACAAUCUGUCCGCACGCUCACCAACACAGACGUACCGCUCACCUCCAGACUCCGCCUACCUCGGUACUUCAUCUCAGAGCAGCUCUCCAGCAUCCAGCACGCCCAACUCUCCCGCCGCGUCCCAUCACAUGCGGCCGAGCUCGCUUUACGGCCUGUCUCCAAAACUCCACCGGCAGUAUCGCUCCGCCCGCUGCAAAUCCGCCGGGAACAUUCCCCUCUCCCCAUUGGCCCACACACCGUCCCCCACCUCCUCCUCCCCUCCGCCCAUCGCAGGACACACGUUCGGCAGCUCCAACACCACCCAAGCCUUCCCCGCCAAACUCCACGCCUCCCCUCCGAUUACUCGACCACGUCCGAAGAGCGCAGAUCCGCCCCGGUCUCCUCUCCUCCAGCGGGUUCAGUCUGCCGAGAAGCUCGGUCCGCCCGCUCCGCCGUCAUUCCCUUCAUCCUCGUCUUCCAUUUGCUCGGACCGAAAGGGCACUCUUGGCGUUUCCAUCCGGAAGCACGGUCUGGACGUCGUGCAUGCAGAAUACCGUCGGGAUUCGUUUCACUGCGAGCAUGCCCUGCAGAGCCUGGUUGAGAUUGAGGGCGAGAACACGCCCGGCAACUUGCCCUCUCCACCUGACCAAACCCCCGCUCCGGCCAGCUUGAACGUGAUCGAUAUUACAAACAAUCUUGCGAAGCAAGAAUCAACAAUGAGACGUGAGUUUUAUUUGAAAGAGACUGAACUCAAAAUUACAAGUGAUACUGUAAACGCUAAAACAACACAGUCAGACAAACCCAUUGAGAAGAAGAAAGAGGUGACGGAGUCUCAGAGCCCUCGAAACAGGCUCAGCGUCAGUUCUGCAGGAAAAGAUGCAGUCAAGGAUGUUGGAAAGAGUCAGUUGAUCAGUCUGGAUACGACCACUAUGAAAUGUGGUCCCAAGUCUCCAGACCGGACCCCGGUUUGUCUGACCUCGGGAUCACAGGAACUCAAACCUCACAGCCUUCAAAAAGAAGAUCUAAAACCUUUGGAGAGAAGCAAAGAUGCAGGAAAUACUGCAAUGACAGAGAAAACCUCUUCAACACAGACAACCACUCCAGAGACAAGCAAGUCAAUUAAAGGAUCACCAAACUCAGAAUUGAGCAUCAACAAAGACGCAUCUAAAGUUUCAACCCCACAGAUCUCAGACGCAGCGUCUGCCUCAUCCAAACCCCGCGAACCCAAGAUUCAAACUCCAUCCAGAGGCCUUCACGAGGAGAGGUGUCAGGAGGCUCCCGCGUCUCCGUCUCCGACCGCCCGCUCACCCUGCACAAGCAAAUCCCGAGCCGGUUCUCCCGGUGAAAGGUCCAGCUUUGUGACGCAGCUCACCAGCGUGGCUAAAACCGUAUUGGGACCCAUGAAACUGGGUUCUCAAGAUGGUGGAAAAUCCAAGGACGGCGGCUCCAAAGCCAGCGAGGACAAGCGUGCCGCCACGUUGGGCAAAUCUGAAGGUUCGCCCGGCGGUCGUCGUGGCUUUACGGGAACAUGGCCCGGCCCCGGAUCCUCAAAAGCCGACAAGAAAAGCUCCUCGAAGCAUUCGUAAUGAGCACUCGAACCCAAAAGCAGACUGUUUAAAGACACCACAGCCAUCAAACCAAUGCAAAAUACGCUUGUACGACAAAUCGAAGAAAACUAAAAAUUGUGCAGCAGGAAUAAGGUGCUUCAAAACGACUGUUGUCAGAUAUGUUUGUUUUUGCAUAUGGCUUAUGAAUCUAUGCACCAUCGUAUGUGGAUGUAGAACAAACCUUUGUGUCUCUCCUGCAUGUUACAUGUGUAUUGUGAAUAGAAGAGUCUAAAUAUAAGAUAUGACGACCUAAUGCUAGUGAAUACUGCACACCCUUCCUUUAGGCCUUGACCUGUCAUCAUCAUAUCAGAUUCAGAGAUGAGAGGUACUUCAAGUGUUCACGUUAAAUCUUCAUCACGUAUAUCGUUUAACUGCCAACAGCAGCACCAAUCUGAUGCUCGAGGUCACGAUAACAAUGCUGAGGGGGCGGUUGAACAUCUUUUAAGAAAUUGCGAAAAGCUUUUAAUGUGUUUGGCACAGGUGCUCACACCUGCGGUUUUCUUUCUAUUUGCACUCAACAUGUCCGGCAAAGACGAACAUGAAUAAGAUGUCAUUGACGCACACCCCUGCUGUUAUUGUGAACAUCUGAUCUGGUUAAGUCUUUUAUUAAAAUGUUUUACGUUCACAGAAGUGGCUUUAUCAGCUGUUGUUACUAAAAUAUUUCUGUAUUGUUUUUAAUUGUUUUUGAGUGAUUUAACACCGAUUCUCGUAAAGGACAGAAUUAAAAAAGAUGUAGAGAUGCUUGGGAGGGUGAAAUCACCUUCAAAUGUUUGUCUGUGGUUGAAUGAAGAUUUAUAUAUUUACAACGGGCAUCUCUCUGCAGAAUAAAAUGUGAUUUAAAGAAGAAUAAUAGAUCAACUCUAUGAUUGUGAUGUCAUGAUGAAAGAUUAUGUCAGUAAAUGCACUGUGAAUGAUGGACUUGAAUUCUUUCAGAUCUAAUAGUAGUUGCAGAAGAGUUUGUGAAGCGUAUGUGAUGUUUAGAAGUUAGUUUGUGUUUUAUUUGAAUCCAUUUUAAUUCACUUUUAAUACUUAAUGAUUCCAUUUUUUUCAGUGAACAUCUGAUGGUUUGGAAAGAUGUUCAGGUCACAUGUGGAGAUGAUGAUGAUGUAUCUGUUUACAUGAAUGGCACGGGCGCUCCCCGUGUUUUGAGUUACGAUGGGUUGGUGCCAUUUUCCGCGGUAGAUCUGUUAAAUCCGUUCUUGAGUGGGUUUUUUUGCCGAUAAAGGACUUUACACUUUACCCAAAGUAACAAUGACAGCCCUGGAGCUUUCUAAACCAACCCACCAAAAAAGAACCGUGGUUUUUCAGACAAGUCCCGUGAUAGAACCAUGUUUUUGGGACAUGCACUGUAGUGUAAAGACCUUAGUAGAUAUCAAAUGGUAUUACAAUCUGAUCCCAUCAUUGUAGUGUUUUGUAAGGGUGAUUGUGUUUUCUAUAUUUGGGUAGUGUGUAUAUGACCUUUGACCUCUUGGUUUGUGCUGUGAAGUGUGUGUGUGUGUAGGAUAGAUGAUGUCAGGUUUGUGUGUGUAGGAUAGAUGAUGUCAGGUUUCCGUGUCUGUGUCUAGAUUGUGUAGUGUUACGCAACGAGUUAAGCAAUGUUAAAUAUGCACUUUAUUGGUUAACGUCUGUUAUCUGUUGAGUUUAUUUGAAUGAUUUUGUUUGUUUAAAUUCAUCAAGACGCUGCUCUGCAUAAAUCUUCCGUAAACUUGACACAUGUUAUUAUCUGUUUUGUACGCUCAUUUAUUGUGUUAUUGUUUAUAUGUCUUUUUUGUAUGAUUUUUCACCUCAGGCGAUGUUAUAAUGACCAAUGCAAUUGAAAUAUGAAUAAAGUGCAAAAAUAAUGAUAAAGAGAAGCCUAAAA